UUUAGUAUCAUUCAAGGAAGUAAAGCAGAAGUAGAACACUUCACUAUACAAAAGCUUAUUAAAACUUAAAUAUCAACUUCAAAAUGGUUAAGUUCGUGGUACUCCUCUGCAUCAUGUCAGUGAGCUACGCGGUGGGCGCGCCCAGCUUCGCCGCCACCGCUGCGCGCCGCGCCCUGCCCGCCCUUCAGCACGAGGAGAUCCACGACUCCUUCGGCCAGUACGCCCUGCGCUACGUCACGGCUGAGGGCACCAUCGUGUCCCAGCGCGCCCGCCUGGUGCCCAGCGGCGCCGGCCAUGUGCUGGUCACUGAGGGAGAGACUACCUUCAUCGGCACUGACGGCAAGACGUACGUCACUCGCUUCACGGCCGGGCCCGAAGGACUCAAGGUGGAGGGCGACCAUCUGCCUAAGGCUCCUGUUGUUUAGAUUUUUGUAAUAGGUUUUAACAAAUUGAUAAUGCAAUA